UAUACUACCGACUGCCGCAGCGGCUGGUUCUCGAGAAUACUCUCGUUCAAAGUAUUCUUUCAUUCCAAAAAAAACUCACAAAAAUAAAAACGUUUUCGUGUAACAUUCAAAGAUUUUAUUACAAUUUUUCCACUAAGUCGUUGAUAACAAUUCUCUUUAUCAUCUUAAGAAGAAUUCUAUUGUUUUUAAGUUUCUUUCUUUUUGACGAAAAAUAGAAAUUUUACUCGUCCGCGUGGAAUAACAACUUGUGUGUUUUGUUGCAAAAAAAGAAGUUAUAUUUCUUGUUGAUUUGCUUGUGUUGUUGAUUAUUUUUGUUAUUGUUAUUGUUGUUAUUUUGUAUAGUGAAGUGGGAUUUUUAUUUUUCGAUAGAGAACGCACAGAAAUCAAAAUUGCUCCGAACGUGAAGGCUGCACAUGAUUCGACAACGGAUCCAGGGGACGAAAUAGCUCAGAUCACGAUGACUAUGGAUGUGAGCAAGUCGGAGACUAACAAAAAUGGUUCCACUCAGCACGAGUGCGCCGGCUGUGGAAAAACAAUCACAGAAAGGUACUUGCUGAAAGCCCUGGACCGUUUUUGGCACGAGGACUGUUUAAAAUGUGGUUGUUGCGAUUGCCGAUUGGGAGAGGUUGGCUCGACAUUAUACACGAAAGCCGAUUUAAUUCUUUGCAAAAGGGACUAUCUGAGGUUAUUUGGAAGUACGGGACAUUGUUCGGCAUGCAACAAACCAAUACCAGCAUUCGAAAUGGUGAUGCGAGCAAGAACGAAUGUCUACCAUUUGGAAUGUUUCGCGUGUCAACAGUGUUAUCAACGGUUUUGUGUUGGUGAUAAGUUUUACUUGUGUGAAAAUAAAAUUCUCUGUGAGUACGAUUAUGGAGAGAGAUUGGUGUUUGCCAAUAUGGCAUUGCAUCCACCUUCAUCUUUAGAACAUAUCAAGAGACAACUGCCCCCCAUGCCAACGGGUCCUGGACAAAAUUUUCAUCACGGCCACAAUCCACAUCAGCAUCAGAAUCAACAGACCCAAGUUCUUAGCCAACAAAUGGGACAACAUAAUCAUUUGUCUAACGGUCAAAUGUCAGGUGGAACGCCUACGGUGAAUGGCACAGCAAUUGGAGUGGGCCCCAGGGGGCCAGGUGACAUGAAUAAUAAUGGACUCUCAGGCCCAGGAAUGGGGACAGUAAAACCACCCCCAAUGUCGAUGUCGGCACCGACGAGCUGAGACGAGGCGCAGCCUCCCUUAAAAAAGCUGCGAUGCCUCGACGGAUACUAAGAAAAAAGUGGUUUCUCGUCCUUCAUUCAAGAAUUAAAUUUAAAUUCUUGAUGAACUGCAAAACAAAAUCGUGAUCAUCCUCCAAAUUUUUUCCAAAACUUUUUUCAAUUUCACAGAAAUAAAUUGGAGUGCUUUUUUUUAAAAAAACCUUAGAAUUCGUUACAAUGAUCGAUUAUAAUAAUCUUCACUUUGAAUCGAAUACCAAAAAAGAAAAAAGAAUCGUAAUUUUCUUCGAUCCAAAAAGAAAACAACGUAAAAUAUCGAUAAUUUUUAACGAAUUCAAAAAUCAGAAAAUCGAACGGUGUGAUAAAAAAUAAAAUCGCAUUAAAAAAAAACUUGUUAUUCAAGUUGAGUAUAUAACUGUGAUUGGACUUGUGUUAAAACGGACAUAACGAUAUAAUCCGAUGCAGCUGGAAUAUAAUUCAAAUAUAAGGAACGUUAUUUGAUUUUAAAAAGUCGUGUAAGAUAUUUCUAUAGUGAUAAUAAAAAAGGUGUAAAUGUUGGACAAUCGGAGUGCGAGAAUUUGUAAAUACACGAUGUAUUAGAUUGUUGUAUGCGUGAGGAAGAUAGAGUGAAAAUGAUCGAGUAUGCGAAAUAUGAGUUUUUGCUCUUGAAUUUUUAAUUGUUUGUUGUUUUUUUCAUCGUUACCUCAAGAAUCGCGCGAAAAUUUCUAAAAUGUGCCAUUUAUUAUGUAGAAAAGUUUAUAAUAUUUUUAAUUCUCACUAGACAAAUUUUUCCUCAAAAAAUUUUCUAUCAUGUUUCCUUCUAUUCCAUGUGGAAUAAUUUACGGAAGUGAUGUUUUAAUAUUUUCUGAAUAAUUUUUACAUGGAUUUACAAAAAAACUUUUUUAUCUCAUUUCUCUUUUCAUUAAAAAA